AUGACCAAACAUUCCGGGUCCCGUGUCGAUUACUCUGAUCAGAGCACCGUUAUCAGUCGUCAGCGUCAGUCAAAAAGAGAUGAGGCCAUUCGUAGAAAGCUUGAACAAGAGUUAUCCAAAAAGCGUCAUGGAUCAACACGUGCUAGACAAACGCGCAAAAUCCCAGGCACAGUGUCAGCUCUACGACCUUCUCAAGCCUUGACGGUGAAGGAAAACCUACUUGUUAUUGAAGCAGCUCAGUUGAUGGCAGCCAAACGAAGCGAUUGUGUCCUUGUUGUCGAUGAAGAGGAUCAUCUCAGUGGUAUUUUUACGGCAAAAGAUUUAGCAUAUCGCGUGGUUGCCGAAUCUCUGGAUGUAAGAGCGACUACUGUAGCCCAAAUCAUGACACAAGGACCCAUGUGCGUGACAUCCGAUACAUCUGCAACUGAUGCACUCAACUUGAUGGUGUCUCGAGGUUUCCGACAUCUGCCUGUGUGUAACGAAGAAGGAGACAUCUUCGGCUUGUUGGACAUUACAAAGUGCUUAUACGAAGCAGUGGACAAGAUGGAACGAGCUUAUGGAUCUUCACGCAAAUUAUACGAUGCUCUUGAAGGUGUUGAGCGAGAAUGGAAUAACAGCCCUGUUCAGCUUGUGCAAUACAUGGAAGCCCUUCGUGACCGCAUGUCAUGUCCCGAUCUAAGCACCGUGUUGGCUGAUUCUCCACCCGUUGAAGCUUUCAUGAAGACCACAGUACAUGACGCAGCUCGUUUGAUGAAGGAACAACAUACCACAGCGGUCCUUGUUACCGAUCGUGAAGGCUUGACAGGCAUUUUCACCACCAAAGACGUUGUUUUGAGAGUGAUUGCAACUGGAUUAAACCCUGCCACAUGCUCCAUAUCACGUGUCAUGACUCCUCACCCAGAGACGGCUUCCCCUCGUACCACAAUCAUGGAUGCCCUACAUCGCAUGUAUGAUGGUCAUUUCUUGAACCUACCUGUGUUGGAGGAUGAAGAAAUUGUUGGAAUGGUUGAUGUUCUUAGGCUCACGUAUGCAACAUUGGAGCAGAUUCACAGUAUACAAGGCAAUGAUGGAGAGGGUCCAAUGUGGUCACGAUUUUGGGAUAGUUUUGGUGCUGAUGCUGGAGAGAGCGAAUCUCAAUCUUCGGACCCUCUUUCUUCCCUUCAUCAUCCUGGUCAUCACGCACCUUCAGCCUUGAAUGCUAUUUCACCCGAACCCUCUGCAUCCUUUUCACAGCUACAAGGAUUCCCUGAGAUUACUCCCAACGAGUCAGCUAGCAUGGUGGCCAAUAACGAGGACAGCCUUUCUGCACAUUCAUCUUCUCAGUACAUGUCGAGACAACAUAGCAGCCGUGGUAUGACGGGUGAUGGCACAUUUGCAUUCAAGUUUACUUCUGCAUGUGGCAAGACCCAUCGAUUUACAUCACCUAUCAACAACUAUAAUCAGCUUCUUGAGACCAUUCGACGAAAAGUGAUUGGUGAACAUAUUCCCUCGGAUGCUGAUAAUGGCAAUGAAGAUUGGUUAACCGUAUCCUACUUGGAUGAUGAAAAUGAUGAGGUAUUGAUCACAUCGGAUGCCGACCUGCAAGAUUCGGUACAAUUGGCACGUAAACUUGGGCAGGAUCGAGUGAAGCUUUUUGUGCAUGAUUCCAGUCGACCCGAAGCAUCACGUACAACCACAGCUGCUGGUACUACCACCACCACAACAACACCUGUUAUGGGUCUUGCAUCCCAACCCGAUACACCUGUGCGUGUAGAUUCUCCUGUACAAAUGUUUCCAAAUGGAUCAACGACGGCUGCCAGUACCAUGUCACCCGUGCCUGAUGAGCCAGCUGUAAAGUAUAUGCCACACCUUGAAAAUGGACACAUGGAGCGAAGCCAUAGCAGCAGCGGUCAUCGUCGUAGUAAACGUCGUUCCAAGCGUAGCUCCAGGAGGUAUGAUAGCGAUGAUAGUGACUUGGGCUAUUAUUCCAAUGAUGGAUCAGCUACGGGUUUCCCACAAGAACUUAUGCUACCAGCAGCCAUUGCUUUCCUUGGUGUGGUCAUUCUUGGCGUAUUUGCUUAUUCACGUGUAAGCCCAAGGCAUCGUUAG